AUGGACUCUGCCGGCGUACCACCGAUACCCACUGGGACCACAACGGCAUCCUCGCUGGCUCUGAGUCACGCCGAUUCGGCGACUGGAACUUGUCUGGAUGUCGACGUCAUCAUCUCCGCCGCAAACCCCGUCCCGGGCGUAGUCGCAGAAUCGAUGAUAGCGGCUGCAGAACACGCUUCACCGGGGCAAGAUUACGACUCUACCGUAAAACCCGAAGUCGAUCAAGAUGGAAAGGUCGGUACAACGCGAGGCCAUCAAUUGCUGGUCGACGCGACCCAGCCCUCGGAGUCUGAGUUAACCGCCACGAUCGAUUUGAACCAUAAUGAGCACGAGAAAGCCGUCGGCACCUCGGGAACAUCGCCUGACGCCUUCAAUGCCUCUUCACGGCCACUCACGCCCCAGCUUGGCAAGGCAGCCAACAUGGAAGACGACGAAGUGACCGUCGUCGGGCGACCCCCCUCCCUGCCCGUCACCCAUGUUGCCGAAGACCCAGAGCCGCCACGUCGACCGCCUGCCGAGCAACUCGAUAUUGAGCAUCUCGAAGUCACGAAUGACCCGCGAGCUUGGUCGACCAGGAGGAAAAACCUCAUCUUGGUUUGUAUCGCUUACAAUGCCGCUGGCGGGCAACUGUCGUCGUCGAUCUACUUCCCCGCUUUGAAAUCGCUUCAAGCCGAUCUCAACGCCAGCGACUCGCUCGUGGCCGCGUCGGUGUCCUUGUUCAUCCUAGGGCAAGGUGUGACCCCCGUCUUCUGGUCCGCGCUAAGCGAGAUCAAGGGGAGAAAGACAUGCUACAUCACGGCCAUAAUCAUCUACCUGGUCGCGACGACGGUCUGUUCUCGAGCCGACAAAAUCGGCGUAUUCGUGGCCAUGCGAUUGCUCCAGUCGCUCGGAAGCGGGGCGCCACUAUCACUCGGGGCAGGCACUUUAUCCGACAUAUUUGAUGUUCACGAGCGCGGUACCAAGAUUGGCUUCUUCUAUGGUGUACCUCUUCUGGCGCCCUCGCUCGGUCCUCUUCUUGGUGGCGCCCUCGCGGAAGCUGGCUCAUGGCGGACAACGUUUUAUUUUCUCAUCGGCGUGAGUGGAAAGGGCGACUAGACCAACUUCCCGGCUGGUGUACUGAGCUUGAUCCAUACCACGUUGUCCCACAGUACGGUGUCAUUUGUUUAAUGACGAUGAUUUGGCUGUCAGUCACAUUCUACUUCGACUUGAAGGGGAAACCUAGCGGGACUGAUCUUACACCAUGGUCCGCCUCUUCUCCUUGCAGUCCGGAAACAUUCCGCAGAGAACGGUCCUUAGCUUGGCGGUUGGCAAUGAAACGAGCUAGAGCCCACGCCAAAGCAAACAGGCUCAAAGCGGAAGCAGCGUUGCCCAAGAACGACACCCUUCCUCUCACUCGAGGGCCGCCACAAACCUCGUUCGCGCCCGGCCCCCAACGGUCGAAUGGACCGACUGCGCUCACGAGGGUCAUGACCGCGCUGAGCGGAAGGAGCGGCGACGACAACGUCAAAAUCCACCUCAGGGAUAUCAAUGUAAGUCAAAGAAAGCCCACCGUACCGUACCGUAGGGCACCUAUCUGACUCGCGCAUGACUCCUUUUCUGCCCAGCCAUUCGCCGCCACAGGGGCUGUCCUCGCCCAGAAGAACAACUUUAUCUCAAUUGCGUUCAGUGGACUGGUGCGUGCGACGUCCGGCCCUCCUGGAGAGAUGCACAUAGCUUUCCCUUCGUCCUCUGACCGGCGCCUUCCCAUCGAACAGCUAUUCGCCUCCACGUAUUGCAUCACUUUCACCAUUUCGAGGACCUUCGCGGCGGCGCCGUACAAUUACAGCGCGCUCAAGACAGGACUGGUGCUGCUUUGCUUGGGCACGGGCAACUUUAUCGGAUCUGUACUCGGUGGUCGGUACUCGGACUACGUGUUCAACAAGCUGAAAGCGAAGAGCGGGGGAAAAGGGUCCCCCGAAAUGCGCAUCAAGUCGACGCGGCUCGCGAUGGUGCUUGUACCGUGCUUCUACAUCGUCUACGCGUGGACCGUGCAAAAGCGGACCAACGCCGCCGGCCCUCUGGUCGCACUCUUGUUCCUCGGCCUUUCAAUCAUGGUGCUUUACUCGAGUCUGUUGAGCUAUGUCGUCGAUGCGAACCCGGGUCGCUCGAGCUCGGCCGUGGCUUGCAACUCGCUCUUCCGAGGCGUGCUGGCGUGCGUCGCUUCGCAGGUCGCGGAACCCAUCAUCGGGCAUAUCGGGAAUGGCUGGUUCUACACGGGAUUUGCUGUGUUACUCACCGUUGGAUCUGUCGCGUUGCUGUAUGUCGGGGCCAAUGGCCAGAGGUGGAGGGAACGUCAGCUGGAAAGAAGCGUUCACGAACUGGACCCAUCACGGACCAAACCGUGA